AUGUCUGGCAGAAUUCAGCACAAGGCCGCUCUUGUUACCGGCGCCGGCUCCGGGAUCGGCCUCGAGUCCGCACUGCUCUUCGCGCAGGAGGGCGCGAACGUGCUGCUCGUGGACAUCAACAUCGAGGCCGCCGAGAAGGCGCUCGCGCUCGUCAAGCAGCGCUUCCCGAACGUCUCUGCGGCCGCGGUGAAGGCAGAUGUGGGCAAGGAGGCGGACAUCAAGGCCGCGGUCGACAAGGCGGUCGAGCUGUUCGGCCGUCUGGACAUCAUGUUCAACAACGCAGGCAUUAUGCACCCCGCGGACGACACCGCGCUAAACACGGAGGAGCGCAUCUGGGACCUCACGAUGCAGAUCAACGUCAAGGGCGUGUGGUGGGGCUGCAAGUACGCGAUCCUCGCGAUGCGCAACAACCCCACCGACGCCGCGCGCCGCCUGCACACCGGCGGCAGCAUCAUCAACACCGCGAGCUUCGUCGCGCUCAUGGGCGCCGCGACGCCCCAGCUCGCCUAUACGGCAUCGAAGGGCGCCGUGCUCGCGAUGACCCGCGAGCUGGCGAUGGUCCACGCGCGCGAGGGCAUCCGCCUCAACUCCAUCUGCCCCGGCCCGCUUAAGACCCCGCUCCUGAUGGACUUCCUGAACACGCAGGAGAAGCGCGACCGCCGUAUGGUGCACCUCCCCAUGGGGCGUUUCGGCGAGGCGAUCGAGGUCGCGAAGGGCGCGCUUUUCUUGGCCAGCGACGACAGCAGCUACAUGACGGGCACGGACUUCAAGGUCGACGGCGGCCUGACGUCGUGCUACGUGACCCCGAUCGGGGAGCCGGUUCUCUCCCCUCCUUCGAGCCUCAUCUGA